CCUGAUUUACUGCUAGUCGCUAUGGCUUGGACCUUGAUCCCAAAAACUUUUUCAAAAACUUAAAAAAAGCAUUAGAUAUUUUUUAUUUUUGAAGAAUACACACCAGCACGAAGCAAAAUUUUUCGAUGUAUCUGUUUUAACGUGCUUUGCUUGAUGAUAAAAUACUGAUUGCUGACUGCUGUUGCAUUCCCGGAAAGGACGUAUCAUUUAUGGUGUAAAAUGCCUAUGGUAGAGGGAGAAAACUUCGUGGUGAAACUCACGGAUCCCCGAGCCUUAAGUCAUGAACAAGAUGUCGAAGAUGCGUUUAUUAAGAUCCUUCAAGCCGACCUCGGUGUGCUGGCACACUGUCUCAAAUUUCUUGCCCAUAAGGUGCAGUCACCAUGCGAGCGUGAGGCUCUGAAGUCCAUCGCACUGUUGGACACUCUGGCGAGACGAGGCGGGAGAACCGUUCAGUCGGAAAUUGGAAAAUUUCGCUUUCUAAACGAAUUAAUAAAAGUUGUGUCUCCUAAAUAUUUGGGAGAAAAAACUGCGGAAUCUGUUAAGAAGAAGACUGUGGAAUUACUGUACUCCUGGAGCCAGUUGAUGCGGUACGAGCAGAAGAUCGUGGAGGCGUACAAUAUGCUCAAACAGCAAGGAAUCAUCAAAGAGGAUCCGGUCGUCUUUGAAGCACCGCCUCCCCCGCCACCCCGAGUUAAAAACCCCAUUAUGGAGGACGAAGAACGAGCUAAGCUUUUGCGGCGCCUGCUACAAAGUAAAGAUCCUGCUGAUAUGGUGGCUGCCAAUCGUCUGAUCAAAAGCAUGGUUCGGGAGGAUGAUCAACGCGUGGAGAAGGUUGUCCGCCGGCAUUCCGAUCUGAUUCAAAUUAAAGAGAGCGCCGACUUGCUACUGGAUAUGAUGAAGCAUUUUUCUUCCGGAUCUAGUACCCUUGCGGAAAGGGAAACUAUGCGGCAGCUGUUCGAGACCUGUGAACAACAUAGGCCACGCGUAUUUAAAUUAGCAGCCGAAACUGCUGAGAGCAACACUGAAACGGACGAUGGUCCAAAUUUGGCGGACAUUCUUGCCACAAGCGAUGAACUGACUGAAGCUAUCCAGCAGUACCGCGCUUUAGGUUUGUCUGCAGAAACGUUUGACGAGAAGGGGAAAGCCCAGACGUCUGCGCCGUCAACGCUUCCAGCAGAACUGCUGUCGCUGGAUUCGGCUUCUACAAGCCAUGUACCUUCUGGACCAAUGCCUCCACCGCCCAAAGACGAUGUGCUAUCCAUCUUAGACGAGGUGUUCAGCAUGUCCAGCACCAGUAUGCCGACGCCGCUGGUUGCUGUUUCGCCAGGAUCAAAGCUCCCCACAGCAUCCAGCAGCUCGUCGCUUUCCGGUUCCAAUGCGGGACCCGAUAGUGCGACUGCGAACAGCAAAGCUGAUCCUACUCUUGUAUCCCCUUCGUCCACGCGUAAAACUUUGGUGGAAUUUGAUGACGUUACUCAUAGCUUUCUUGGAGGUUUGAGUCUCAGCGAUAAAGGCAGCGGCGGUCGGGGAUUUCAGAUUGAAACGAAGCCAAAACGCACUUUAAAUGAAAUGCAGCGCGAACCGGCAGCAUUCGAUAAGCAAGAUAUUCCGGCGCAACGGGCGGCGGGUUCUGGUGAUGAUGAGUUAAUUAACGACAGGCAACUAUCAAAAAAGACAGGCAGUCCGCCCACCUUCCCCUCCCAGAAUGGCGAUGUCGAUGUCCCGGCACCUAUAGAUGGGAUAGCCGUCGCUGUUAAUGAUCUUCAAUUAAGUGCAGUACCUCCGGUGACGGCAUAUGAUCAGAAUAAACUGAACGUUUCCAUACAUGUGGCGAAGAAUAAACCAAGAAAGGAUUGUUACGUCCUUGUUGCAACUUUUGCCAAUUUGAACACAUCGCCCAUUAGCCAACUGCAGUUUAACGUCUCUGGAUCUAAGACAAUGCGAGUCAAAGUGCAAUCUGAAUCGGCAUUCGACCUGCCACCGUACAAUCCUAUAUUUCCUUCCAGUCCAGCGCUGCAGGUUAUCAUUGUGGCGAAAUCCGAGCGGGUACGUUGUGCUCGGCUAACCGUGCGUACUGCGUUAAAAACAGGAGAGCACUAACUGUUGUAGUGAUCGGUUCAUUUGAAGGAUUUGUUGAGACUACAGUAUAAUUUGAAGUUUUCUUUGGAAAAUCGAACAAUAACGGAUAAUGGAGGAUUCGAGUUCUGAACUUGCGGUCGGGAUUUUGGCGAUUGAUUUUUUGUGCUAGUCGCGUUCAGCUCUUCUGGAAUUACGCGUUUUCGUUGAUUAUUAUGGAAAAUAUACUUGUGAUGGUUGAAACAUUCUUGAUUAAACCCGUAGUUUUUCUGUGUUUGCUGUUAAGUAUUUAUUAAUUUAUCUGGUUGACCGUUAUUGUCAAUGUCGGAAAAUGCAAGUUAUUAAAUGAAAAAUGCUAUUACAA